AUGAGUCGAGCCAUUAGUAAGCCAGCAUUGAAGGUGCCCUUACAUGCUCUUGAGGUUGACUAUGAUAGUAGUGAGCAAAGGCUUGAGGCUCUCCAAGAACAACUCGCCGUUAUCAAUCAAACACUUGCGCAAAUCACACAGUCUGCCGCUCCUGGUACUACUGGUUUGGUUUCCGUUCCCGAAUCAUCUACUCAUGCCACACUGCCGUUCGAAGGGCAGUCGUCCUUCCACCAUGAGACACUGCUUGCUAAGGAUGCGGCACUGUCCGCUAUCGCUACUUCCCACAAUAGUGGGCUGAAUGACCAUGUGUCCGCCGUCCUGUCGUCUUUGAAGAACAGCCUUGCGGAAGAACAUCUGUCUAACAAUGGCCAACCGACAGAGACGAAUUUACCAUCAUCAUCGCCAGACUCAAAGUCAUUGCUUCCGGUAGAUCUAGUUGUCGCGGUGGUCAGGGCUGUAAAAGGUAUGGGUGAUCUCUUCCUGCCCUUCAUCUCGUCGUCUGACAAGAUAAGCAAAACCUCCGUUUUUUCUCGUCAGCCAUUCUUGGAGAGACUUACUCCAAGUCGAAUCUCUUUGCCAAUCUAUCUACUUCCCAAUUAA